AUGAAUCCUCCCACGGUUGUCGCUAAGGGUGACGCUCCGCCACCAUCGCAGGCGGACGUCUCGGCCUUCCUCGAUGCGAUUUUUAAUGCAAAGACUUCCAACGCCUCCAUAGAAGCCGCCUAUGGCCUGUGCGAGCUCCUCCAGAACGCCCCCUCGGUCGGCUUCCGCGGCCUGGAACAAUACGGCAUUGUGGACGAGAUCAAGAAGGCUGCCGCAGACAAGAAGUCGGGUUUGAGGAGAGAGAGCGCCCAGAACCUGCUGGGUGCCCUCUUUGAGCGCUUCCCUCCCAAACAGCCCAUAUCCGAAGUGGUCUUCCUCGUCAAAGAUGGCGGCCUGGUCGGCACUGCCUUCGAUGCGCUGGCAGACAAAGGCGCCGUUGUCCGCGACGCUGCGCAGUACGGUCUUGAUGCACUGUUCAACCAGCUCAGCCCCGAGGCCCUCGUGGUCGGCCUCCUCCCUGCGCUGCAGGCCUACCUGUCCAAGAAGACUGGAAAAUGGCAGGGCACGGUCGGCGCACUCACGAUGAUGCAGAAGAUGGCCGACAAGGCCAAGCUGGAAAUUGGCACGAGCAAGGAGGAGGCAUACGACAAGGAGGUCCUGCGCGAGAUCAUGGGCGCCAAGCUGGCCGCUCUGAUCCCCCUCGUCGAGGACGGCAUGCACGACCUCAAGACCGAGGUCGAGAAGCAGGCUGUCAAGACCAUGGACUCGCUCACGGCCCUGCUGCAGAACGACGAUGUCGCCCCGAGAAUACCUCUGCUUCUCGAGUCGAUGCAGAAGCCGUCGGCCCAGUCCGUGCAGAAAGCCAUCCACGCCCUCUCCCAGACCACCUUUGUCGCCGUCGUCACCUCGCCCGUCCUCGCCCUCCUCACCCCUUUCCUCGAGCGAUCUCUCAACAACCCGGGCACCCCGCAAGAAGUCCUGCGACAGACCGUCGUCAUCACCGAAAACCUGACCAAGCUCGUUCAUGAUCCCAUCGAGGCUCGCACUUUCCUUCCCAAGCUGCAGCCCGGCGUGAAGGGUGUCGUCGAGAGGGCGUCUCUCCCCGAGGUUCGUGAGCUGGCUACACGGGCGCUGGGCGUCAUGGACACGGCCAUGGCCACGGACAAGGAGGUGGUCGAGCGCAUCAGCGCCGAGGACGUCGCCAAAGUUGUGGACGCCGAGAUCAAGAACAACGGCGGUCUGUAUGCUGGCCAUCUAGACUCGUACAAGCUGAUCCGGCCGUACAUGUGCUCGAUGGCCGCCGAGGACGUCAAUCACCGCUUCGUCGACCGCAUCGCUGCCAGGAUUGCGCCGUACCUCCAGGGUCUCCUCCAGAAGAAACCUGAUGAGGCCCCUAAGGCCGUCGCCGAGGCCGUCCAAAAGUACUACGUGGAUGAGGAUCACCGCAAGUACGGCGAGCCCGAGAAGGAUGAUGAUGGCGAGGUUGAGAUUGUCAAUGCCAACUUCUCUUUGGCCUACGGUGGCAUGCUCCUGCUGUCGCACACCAACCUGCGCCUUCUGAAGGGCCACCGGUACGGUCUCUGCGGUCGCAACGGUGCUGGCAAGUCGACCCUGAUGAAGAGCAUCGCUGGUGGUAAGCUGGAGGGCUUCCCCUCGCAGGAUGUCCUCCGUACCUGCUACGUGGAGCACAACCAGGGCGAGGAUGCCGACAUCAGCAUCCUCGAGUUCGUCGCCAAGGAUCCUGAGAUUGCCAAGAACGGCAUCGAGCGCAUCUCCGAGGUCCUGUCCGAAUUUGGCUUUACCGCUGGGCCCGAGGGCAGACAGGCCGAGCGUGUCGGCUCCCUGUCUGGAGGCUGGAAGAUGAAGCUCGCUCUCGCCCGCGCCAUGCUGCAAAAGGCCGAUGUGCUCCUCUUGGACGAGCCGACUAACCACCUGGACGUCGCCAACAUCGCCUGGCUGGAGAACUACCUCAAGACGCACCCAGAUAUCACCAGCCUGAUCGUCUCUCACGACUCGGGCUUCCUGGACAACGUCACCACGGAUAUCUACCACUACGAGCCCGGCAAGAAGCUCGGCCACUUCAAGGGUAACCUGAAUGCCUUUGUCAAUGUUCGCCCCGAGGCCAAGAGCUACUACACCCUCUCGGCCAGCAACGUCCAGUUCAAGUUCCCGCCCCCUGGUAUCCUGUCGGGCGUCAAGUCCAACACACAGGCCGUCAUCCGCAUGUCCAAUGUCAGCUUCGCCUACCCGGGCGCGGCCAAGCCCUCGCUGUCUGAGGUCUCGUGCAAGCUGACCAUGUCGUCCCGCGUGGCCAUCAUCGGCCCCAACGGUGCCGGCAAGUCGACCCUCAUCAAGCUGCUCACGGGUGAGACCAUCCCGAGCACCGGAAAGGUCGAGAAGCACCCCAACCUCCGUAUCGGAUACAUCAAGCAGCACGCCCUGGAGCACGUCGAGAUGCACCUGGAAAAGACGCCCAACCAGUACCUGCAGUGGCGCUAUCAGAAUGGUGACGACCGCGAAGUCCACCUGAAGCAGACCCGUGUCAUGUCGGACCAGGACCGCGCCCAGAUGGAGAAGACUAUCGAUAUCAAUGAUGGCAAGGGCGCUCGCCAGAUCGAGACGCUUGUCGGUCGGCAGAAGUACAAGAAGUCCUUCCAAUACGAAAUUCAAUGGAAGGGAUGGCUCCCCAAGCACAAUAGCAUGAUGUCCCGUGAGACCCUGAUCGAGCUGGGCUUUGACAAGCUCGUCCAGGAGUUUGAUGACCACGAGUCGUCCCGCGAGGGUCUCGGCUACCGCGACCUGCAGCCCGCGGUCAUCUCAGAGCACUUCAAGGACCUCGGCCUCGACCCCGAGAUUGCCAACCACAAUGAGAUUGGGUCACUGUCGGGCGGACAAAAGGUCAAGGUUGUCCUCGCUGGCGCCAUGUGGAACAACCCGCAUCUCCUCGUGCUCGACGAGCCCACCAACUUCUUGGACCGUGAUUCCCUCGGUGGCCUCGCCGUGGCCAUCCGCGACUUCAAGGGCGGUGUGGUCAUGAUCUCCCAUAACGAGGAGUUCGUCGGCGCCCUGGCCUCGGAGCAGUGGCUCGUCCGUGACGGUCGCGUCGCACACAAGGGGUCCUCGGCCAUCGCCCUCGACCGCUUUGAGGACUCGCGGCCCGGGUCUGCCAUCCCGUCUGGCGUCAACACCCCCAUCGGCCUUGCCUCCACCGUCGCCUCCACUGUGGCCUCGGCCGUGUCCAGCGCCGUCAACUCGGGCGUCGAGGACAAUGCCGACGACGUGCCGCUCAAGUUCCGCGCCAAGAAGAAGAGAAAGAAGACCAAGAAGGAGCUCAAGGAGCAGGAGGUGCGCAGACGCCUCCGCCACAUUGAGUGGCUGAACAGCCCCAAGGGCACCCGUCACCCGCCCGACACGGACGAGGAGGACGAGGGCAGGGGCCGCAAGGAAAAAUAUCCCUGCUGCAACGCCAAUGCUUAA